UGGGGGGAAAGCCCUGCCGCGGUGGACGCCAACCAAACCGGCUCCCUCAUCAACCGGAAUUCACCCUCCGUGAUUAAAAACACUUCCCUGCGCGUUGUCUCCACGCCCCCGCCGCGCUCGGUUUCUUCGCGUCCCAACACCCUCCGCCGGGCUGACAGCCCGGGGGGAGCUCUGCCGAGCGCGGGGCGGCUUCCCGCAGCGCGACGCGAACCGAGUCCCGUCCCCUGCCACACAAAAAAGAAAAAAAAAAAUAAUAAUUUUUUUCUUUUUUUGAGCCGGCGCUAGGACCUGCGCGGCGCCGCCGCCCCCUCGGCGGGGAGGGCGCAGGGAGCGCGGCCGGGAGCGGCUGAGGGGAUGAGUCAGCCCUGAGGCGGCAUGGAGCCCUUCCCGCCGCCCACGGAGGAGGAGGAAGAUGAGGAGAAGGAGGAAGAGGAGGACUGGUUUGGCCCGCAGCGAGGCAGCGGGACCGCUCCGCCCGCCCCUGCAGGCCACAGCAGGUCUGUACUGGCAGCGCGCAGAGUGGUUGUGCACAUUGACUUGGACUGUUUUUAUGCACAAGUAGAAAUGAUCCGUCACCCCGAAUUAAGAGAGAAACCUUUAGGUGUGCAACAGAAAUACAUUGUUGUUACAUGUAAUUAUGAAGCCAGAAAACUUGGAGUGAAGAAAAUGAUGUCUGUCAAGGAUGCUAAAGAGAAGUGUCCUCAACUGGUACUGGUUAACGGAGAAGAUCUAACUGCAUACAGGGAAAUGUCGUACAAGGUUACAGAGUUGUUGGGGGAAUUUUGUCCACUGGUGGAAAGGCUUGGCUUUGAUGAAAAUUUUGUGGAUAUCACUGAGAUCGUAGAGAAAAGACUAACCCAGUUGCAGCAAAGUGGUUAUUCCGGAGUCAGCGUGUCUGGUCAUGUUUACAACCACCAAGCUAUCAAUUUGAGUGAUACAACGCAUCUACGACUAGUUAUGGGAUCUCAGGUUGCAGAAGAAUUCAGGGAAGCCAUCUACACAAGGCUGGGUCUCACAGGCUGUGCAGGAGUGGCUUCGAACAAAUUAUUGUCUAAACUAGUAUCUGGGACCUUUAAACCAAAUCAGCAAACUCUUCUUCUGCCUGAAAGCUGUCAAAAUCUAAUACGCAGCCUCGAUCACAUCCAAAAAGUGCCUGGCAUCGGCUACAAAACUUCCAAACGUCUCGAAACUCUGGGUGUUAAGAACGUGUGUGAGCUCCAAGCGUUUCCAGCUGCUGUGUUAGAGAAGGAACUGGGUGUUGCUCUUGCUCAGCGUAUCCAGAAACUCAGCUACGGAGAAGAUGACUCCCCUGUGACUUCAUCGGGCCCUCCUCAGUCCUUUAGUGAUGAAGAUUCCUUUAAAAAAUGCUCAUCAGAAGUGGAAGUUAAAGAGAAAAUUGAAGAACUGCUUCCCAACCUAUUAAACAGAAUAUACAAAGAUGGAAGACAACCACACACGAUAAGACUGACCCUCCGGCAGUUCUCCUCAACCAAUAAAUGGUUUAAUCGGGAAAGUCGGCAGUGUGCUAUUCCGCCUCAGCUCAUUCAGAAAUUCGGAAAAGAAAGCAGCAACAUUCUAACCCCCUUAGUUGAUAUACUCAUGAAACUCUUUCGAAAGAUGAUAGAUGUAGAUCUACCAUUUCAUCUUACCCUUUUGAGUGUCUGCUUCUCCAACCUCAAAGAUUCUCCUGGCAGCAAGAAAGGAUCAAUUGGUUUCUAUCUAAAGCAGACAUCACCACCGUCAGGCUCUGGUAAACGUGUCCGGGAAGUAGAAGAUGUCUCACAAGGUGAGGGAAGUGCUUCUUGGAACCAGAACUGCAACAGAACUGGAACUCCAAAAACUAGGAAACUUUCAGAAGAAAAGCAAAGCAAUAUUAAAAAAGCAGGAAUUCCUGACUUCCCCUUUCAUUUGUCUCCUGGUGACAUUGACCAGGAAGUCUUCAGGGAACUUCCAGAAAAUAUUCAAAAAGAAAUUAUUUCGGAAAGAACAAAAGCCAUCCCUAUUGGGAAUGUUUCGGGUCGGCCAUCAGUGUGUUUUGCAGAAGAGCUACACAGCCCUUCCCCAGAUUCUAAGGACGUAAACAGGGAUACGCGUUCUGCGGGGUGCAGAACGCAUCUCAUGUCAGCUCCGGGUUCUGCAACUGCUUUGGCACGCAGCUCCGGGGUCGGUCGUUCUUGCCAGUGUCCCAGAAUUGCGUGGACGAGCAGCGGUGUGGAAAACCAACCUGCUGAGUCUCUGAACUUGAGAGGCAGAGAUCCGGCGGCUCUGGAAGCUGUUCUGCAGGUCCCUGCCUUGGAUAAAGGUAAGCAGGCCUUUGAAACAACUUCUGAGGAUAAAACUUCCAGCAGGCAAGCAGGAUUUGUAUUUCCUCCUAAUGUCGAUGCGAAGACUUUUUAUGAACUACCUACAGAUGUGCAGAAAGAACUAUUAGCUGAAUGGAAAACUCAGGAACUUGUGUCUAAAACAUCUAUGGAUAAACUCCCUGAAAAGACUACAACAAAGAAAGGAAAAAGGAACGCAGCACCGUGUUUAUCCCAGCCUAACAGUUUGCUAAGAUAUUUUAAACCACAGUGAAGCAGGUUUCAUAACAGUGACACUGUGAAAAAUCAGCAGUUGAAGGCACUUUAGUUAUGAAAGGUUUACUAUAAAUUGUAAAGACGUGAAUAUUAGACAUAUUUUGACAACUUUUCACAUAAAACUUGCUAGUGAUUCUGUUUAAGUAGUAAUUAGUCUGUCUUCUUUUUCUUUCUUCUAAAUUGAUACUCAUCUGAUAAAUCUUUGGUUGUCCAAAAAAUAUUAUAGGAUGCAAACAUAUUUUAGUAUUCACUAUUCAUACCUUAACACGCUGAUUGGGGGAAAGGAAUUUUUAUUUUCCUUUUCAUUGAGUUAUACUAUAUAUGGAGUUAAUUGUUUCUCCCAACUUGGGAGGGGAUUGAGGAGAGAAGAGGAAAGCAAUUUUCACACUAUCCUUUAAUUUGCGCUGCUGUUUCUGGGAUUUGUAAUGGAAAUUUCUAUUCACAUGGCUAGCACAAGUUCCUGCAGUAACUCGUAACUAGAGGUAGUAGAAAUACUAAGGGGUAAUGGGAAACAUUACUUCCACAUGAAUCAUAGCACCAGCUUGUUCCUGGAAAUUAGUCAGCAUAUAAAAAUUGUUCAGGAUUCAGAAAAUGACAAAUAACUCUGGGUAUAAAGAGCAGCUUUUAAUGAGAUGCUGUAUCUAGAUUCAGCAGGCUUUUCUUCAAGUAUUUAAUUCCAAAACAGUGAAAGAGUUGCUAAUUACACACAGUUAGUUACUAAACAUGUUUAAAGUCUCUAGCACAGAAGAUGGUUGCUCGGUUCAGUCGAGAGUACAUAAUUGAGGUGAGUAUUUAUCAAAGUGUGUUUUAAAGUUGUGGCAAAAUAUCUGACCACUCCUGUGUCUUAACAUUGCUAUCAUUUAUAUCGUCUGUAUAUAUAUAUUCUCUGCGUAUAAAGUGCAAAAAUAGUACAAAGCCAUCACCUGAUUACAGUGAAAACAACAUCCUGUACUUUGAUGGCACUUCAGGGUCAAUUCUUGCGUCAUUCCCGAGAACAGAGAAAACCAGCGUUCACCAGUUAAACAGUUAAGCUUUAAAUAUUUCCACAGAAACCACAAUUAAAAUAAGCUUCAGCAUC